UCUACAAUGACACGUGUAUUCAAGAUGGCGGCGGUGAUGGAGCUGUGGACACUUCUACUGGUGUCCAUGCUGCCUUCAGCAACUCCAUUUUAUGUACCAGGGGUUGCGCCCAUGAAUUUCCACCAGGACAGCCCUGUUGAAAUAAAGGCUGUGAAACUGACCAGCUCUAGAACCCAGCUGCCCUAUGAAUACUAUUCACUUCCCUUCUGUAAGCCUGAUAAUGUCGUCUACAAAGCAGAAAAUCUUGGCGAGGUUUUGCGUGGGGAUCGUAUCGUCAACACGCUGUACACGGUUCUCAUGAACCAGAACAAGAAGUGCGAGGUGUUGUGUAAAAAGCCAGAAGAUCCCGUCAAACUCAGCGUGGAGGAGAGCAAGCUCCUAGCCGAGCGCAUCCAAGAAGAAUAUUACAUUCACCUCAUUGCAGAUAAUCUCCCGGUGGCCACUCGCCUGGAGCUUUACACAAACAAAGAUGAAGGAACAGAUGAGGAACAGAGGAAGGACGUUCAGUUCGAGCACGGCUACAGGCUCGGCUUCACUGAAAACAACAAGUUCUAUCUACACAACCACCUGUCAUUCAUCCUGUACUACCACAAAGAGAAGGUGGAGGAAAACGAGGAGCACAAUUUCCGGGUUGUACGGUUUGAAGUGAUGCCGAAGAGUGUCAAAUUAGAUGAUAUAAAAGCCGACGAACAACGUGCAUGCACAUUACCAGAAACCAUAGCCCCCGUCCCUCAGGAGAUCGACCCAACCAAAGAGAACAGCAUCCUCUUUACAUACUCUGUGCGCUGGGAGGAAAGUGAGGUGAAAUGGGCAUCUCGCUGGGACACGUAUCUUACCAUGAGCGACGUGCAGAUUCAUUGGUUCUCCAUCGUCAACUCUGUAGUCGUGGUGUUCUUUCUAUCAGGUAUCUUGAGUAUGAUCAUCAUCAGAACUCUGAGGAAAGAUAUUGCCAAUUACAAUAGAGAAGACGACAUUGAGGACACAAUGGAGGAAUCUGGCUGGAAGAACGUUCAUGGUGAUGUGUUCCGACCUCCUCAGUAUCCCAUGAUUCUCAGCUCUUUGCUGGGAUCUGGUAUCCAGCUCUUCUGCAUGAUUCUCAUUGUGAUCUUUGUGGCUAUGCUGGGUAUGUUGUCUCCAUCCAGUCGAGGAGCUCUGAUGACGACAUCAUGCUUCCUUUUCAUGUUCAUGGGUGUAUUCGGAGGAUACUUUGCGGGUCGACUGUACCGCACUCUUAAAGGCCACAGAUGGAAGAAAGGAGCUUUCUGUACUGCGAUGCUGUACCCGGCUGCCGUCAUCAGCAUCUGUUUUGUGUUGAACUGUUUUAUCUGGGGAGAACACUCUUCUGGUGCUGUUCCCUUUACUACAAUGCUGGCACUGUUGUGCAUGUGGUUUGGUAUUUCUAUGCCUCUUGUUUAUCUGGGCUACUAUUUCGGUUUCCGGAAACAGCCAUAUGACAAUCCGGUUCGCACCAAUCAGAUCCCCCGGCAGGUCCCUGAACAGCGCUGGUACAUGAACAAGUUUGUCGGCAUCCUAAUGGCUGGAAUUCUGCCUUUUGGUGCCAUGUUUAUCGAGUUGUUUUUCAUUUUUAGUGCUAUUUGGGAAAACCAGUUUUAUUACCUCUUUGGCUUUCUCUUCCUGGUCUUCAUCAUUCUUGUGGUUUCCUGUUCUCAGAUCAGCAUCGUCAUGGUGUAUUUCCAAUUAUGUGCAGAGGAUUACCGGUGGUGGUGGAGGACGUUUCUCGUGUCUGGAGGCUCUGCCUUUUAUGUCCUAGUCUAUGCUGUUUUCUAUUUUGCCAAUAAGCUGGACAUUGUGGAGUUUAUUCCUUCUCUGCUGUAUUUCGGCUACACUGCUUUGAUGGUCUUGUCUUUCUGGCUGCUCACAGGGACGAUCGGCUUCUACGCCGCUUACGUGUUCAUACGAAAAAUAUAUGCGGCGGUCAAAAUCGACUGAGCUAUCUCCCUUAGGUUUUUUGUUUCCUACUUUUUUCUGUUUUGUGAAGCAAGCACUGAUGUGUGUGUGUUUGAAUUGCUGACAUGUGAGGCGCAGCAGCGCCCCUCUGUGGAAUGGAGGAAGGAACAGCGAUGUGUUUUGUACACAGUAGUCAACACCUUUUCUGUCCUGCCGUCUCUGUAGAGAUGCAAGGAAACAUCAUGAACAGUUCAACUUUUAAUGUCUGUAUAUCUUUUUGCACACACAACAUGGGCCAAAGUGUCUAUUGACUUUUUUCUGGUUUUUGUGUGGGGAUGUUGGAUUUUUUGGGCUGGGUCUCAUGCCUUUGAAGAGAUUGAUGGUUAGUUGCAUAUAAUAUCAUUUUACAGUUUAACUGUGUGUCCUCUUUUAAUAUAGCAUUUAAUUCAAAUUUAUUCUCAUGUCUUUGAAUCAGUUUGCGUGCGUGUGUGUGACAAGCCUGCUGGAGAUGUGGUCACUCUGUGGUCAUUGUGUGUUGGCAUGAAACAAAAUAUUCAUAUGUAUAACAUUACAAGGCAAGAACAUUGUACAUAUAAACAAGUACAUUUCCAUGAUUCCUAAUGAUUGUAUGGUCUGUACAUGCCCGUUAGUCUCUCUUGCCAUUUGAGAGAAAUCUUAUUUUAUUGUCACACAAUUAAAUUUGAUAAUUGACUUGAA